AUGGUGGCACGGACACCUGGACUGGUUCCGUUUCCUGUGAUGCAUGACGGCUGGCAAGGCCUGGUGAUCUAUCAGGAAAGGAGAGAUUUCGGAACUACUGCUGCUGUUAUUGUCACCAUUGCUGUAGCAGCUACUGCCGCCACCGCUGCUGCGGGCAUUGCCAUUUCUCAAAACCAGAAAGAACAAGACUCUGCAUUCAAACUGGGCUGGAAUAGAAUGUUUGGACAAGAUGAGCCUGAGACUGAGGAGGAGGCGCCCAAAUCAAGCCCUCUGGCCUUUGAGAUCACGGCGAUCACAUUCUUCAUCCUCCUCCUCGUCUGCUUCAUUUGUAUUCUCCUUUUAUUGGCAAUUUUUCUAUAUAAAUGUUUCAAAGGUAAGACCGAUGAAGAGCCAGUGAAGGCCCCUUGCACAGACGAAAAUGAAGGGGAGCACUGUUUAGCUGCUAAUGCAGAGAGGGACAAACCUGAAGAUCAAGACAAGGUCGUACUGCACUUCGUAAACAUGGACAUGCCAGUGAGGCCUGGCAUUCUUGUACAAAGACAGAGUAAGGAAGCGGUGGCCACACACUUAGAAGACAACAUGGAGGUAGAAGAGGACAAUAGACAGACACCAGACCCUGCGAGAGACGCCACCCAGGAGGGUGAGCGUGCUGAAAACACAUCCACACGUGUCCACAGAACUACUUCUAUUGUUGACGUGCCAAAAAGACCUCUGAAAGGGGUGACGUUUUCUAAAGAGGUCAUUGUUGUGGAUCUCGGAAAUGAGUACCCCACAGCUCGGAGCUACACUCGAGACCACAAAGAGAGGAAGUGAAGUGCAGGGAACGCUGGCGGCGAGGGCAACGUGACCUUUGACGAGCACUGAUUGGCCGAGGGUACUGGG